AUUAUUUCCAUUUUGUGGUAUUGGUUUCGCCCACGGAGGAAAGAAAAACUUUCCUUUUUACUUUCCUCCAUGGUUUCGCCACAGAGCCUAAACUGGUAGGUGUUCUGUGACAGAGCACCUACAUACGUUUUGCCGCUCCUCCUCUCGGGCUUGCCCGCAUGUGUUGGCUGCGGCGCCGUUGCGGUUUAUGUGAUGACGAGUAGGGAGCUGUGUUACGUCGACGGAAGGCGACCGCAGCUGCGGCUAGUUUGAAGAGACGACGUCGUCACCUCGCACGACAACGGCGUGACUGGCCCUCGUGUGAUCUCAAGCCCGGCGCUGGAAAAAAAGCUUAGGGCUUUCACAAACAGGGCAUGGAACUGCAAAGCCUGCUGGCCGUUUUGUGCUAGUUGGCUAAUUUCUGCGACAUCACUUCUAAGACCGUCUUUUUUUAUGUCUUUAUAUUUGGUGCCAUGCCUCUGGCUGCUAAGGUGAUUCAGUGACCGUCUUGCCUGAGUAUUGCGGAUGGCCACGGCAGCCAUGAACCAUGCCCAGCCAAGCUCGGAGCCGGCUUCCUCUGUGGCUCUGGCCUCAACAGUGUGUGUACAAAACGGUGCCGGUGAGCCCCCACUGGACGUGGUGGACAUCUUUGUGGAUGGUUCCACUGAGGCAUCACUGCGAGAAGGCGCGCUUCGGGUUCUCCAGCAUGUGCGUCCCUGCUGGGACCUCUCUCUGGUUCAGUUCAAGACGUUCACAGAUGGCAUCACAAACCAACUGGUCGGCUGCUGGCAAGGUGGAGGGGAGCUGGGGGAGGAGGCGCUGCUGCUGCGCAUCUAUGGCCAGAAGACAGAGCUCUUCAUCGACAGGUCAGCUGAGGUCCUCAACAUGCGCCUGCUGCACGCGCAUGGCCUCGCGGCACCACUGCAUUGUGCCUUCCGCAACGGCCUCUGCUACGGGUUCAACCCUGGCUGUGUGGGUGACACACAGUUGGUCAGGGACCCUCACAUAUCCAGGCUGAUAGCACAGACACUAGCACGCAUGCACUCUGUGAAGUUACACAAGGGGGGACAGGUGGCGCCCUCUCUGUUCCCCACCCUGCACAAGUACCUUCGCCUGGUGCCUACGCAUUUCGACGACAUUGAAAAAAACCUCAGCGAGAGGUUUGUGUCGUGCAUCCCGAGCAAAGCAGAGUUGGAACUGGAAGUGUCGCUACUUGAAGAGCACCUGUCGGGCUUGGGUUCGCCUGUCGUGUUCUGCCACAAUGACCUGCUCGUCAAGAACAUCAUCUACCAAGAGAAACAGGGCAGAGUGAUCUUCAUUGACUUUGAGUAUGCUGACAACAACUACCAGGCACUGGACAUAGGGAACCACUUUUGUGAGUUUGGAGGUGUGGAGCGUUUUGACAGCUCCCUCUAUCCAGACCGCGAGUUCCAGCUUUGUUGGUUGCAGCACUACCUGGACGAGUGGCACAGGCUAGCAGGCAGGGGCGAGUGUGCCUCCUCCCGUGAUGUGGAAGUGCUGUACGUCCAAGUGAACAAGUUUGCCCUGGCCUCGUGCAUGCUCUGGUGUCUCUGGGCUCUCAUUCAGGCAGCUCAUUCCACCAUCAAGUUUGACUUCAUCCAAUUUGCCUUGGAGCGGCUGGACAUGUACAAGAGGCACAAGGCUGAAUUCAUAGACUUGAAACUGCCGCCUUCCUAAGAGCAGCUGUCCGGUUUCAAAGUGCACGCCCCCACCGACAGAACUGACCCACGAUGCGACCUACCUCGGCCGAUGGGGAAAAUGGUCUUGACUUACCGAACCAUCUGGUUUGCAAGAUAUUCAGUAGUCAGGCACAUCGCACUGCUGCCUGUCUAGGUUGACGACUCUUGUCACACACGUGUGUUUGUUCACCACAACGGAGGCUUAGAGAGUUUUUGUAGGUCUCCAACAAUGGCCAAAGAGUGUACCAGAUAUUUUUGCUACACCCUGUUUGUAUUUAAGUUUUGUUGCACAAGUUUGUUCUUUUUUAACUGGUUUUUUCAGUGCCUUACGCAAGCUACGGGCUGUGUGUCUUGCUAUCGACUGAGAGUACUUGUUUUAUGAGGGAAAUGUGAUGUUUAGUGCCGUGGCAGGUGAGAAAUGGUGAAGAGUUGUUUAGGAUGCAGCUCUUCUGUUGAGUUUACACACUUUCAUGUGUUCGUUGCAGCUUUGCAAGUUUUUGACGCCUCGUUUUUCUUGUCUUUGCUCUUGAACUGCUUUUAGCCUGCCCACGGUGAGAAAUUGAGAAAAUGAAAGGAAGGGAAUCUACCGCAGCGGCGGGUCAAACACUUUUGAUAGGUGUAGCUAUGUAAGAUGCAAGUCAUAAGUUAUAGUUAAAACGGUUAUAAAACUAUUGCAAAGCGUGACAUAUGCCGGCUACCUAAGGGGAAAAUGAAUGAAAGUAUGUUUUUUGAGGCUUUACACCUGAAAAAUGCAUCUCCACUAUCUUGCGCCUAUAUUAGUGGGCGAUAUGGAGGACUACUUGGUUGCCAACGCAAAAAAACUUCUUGAAAGGGCCCUGCAGCACUUUUUGAGCAUGUUCAGAAAAUGCCGAUCUGUAGUUGAGGCUCCAGAGAACAUGGGAGCUAAAUAUUAUAGUGGAGCACACUGCCUGCAAUUUAAAAUAAAUUUUUCUAAAGUCAGCUAAAAUUCACUUUCUUCUGUCCUCGAAUGAUGCUACACACUAAAAAAAUCACCACGUCACAGGCCCAAGUAUCACAGAAGUAUCUCAGGAAGCUGCAUAUGGUUAUCUUUCAAUGUAUAAAUCCUGCACAAAAAAUUAUGAAAAGUAAUUUCUUAAAGGGGUCAUGAACCGCUUGGUGGGGAAACAUGUCGGGUGCAAAGCAAGCGCUGCUUUGAGCAGCUCAGCCAAAUCUUGCAGUUGUGCCUGGCAAGGAGCAUUUAUAAGUGAAGUGCGAAGUCACAGCUUUCUGAAGCCUCCUCGCUUAUUAAAACAGGGUUCCAUCCUCACUGUUGUAUGUCGUCAUCCAGCAGAUUGCUCCCAUAGGUAUCA